GCCACAGGCAAGCCGCGGCCCAAGAGGGGGUUUGGAAAUAGUUUUCAACCAGCAAUUGACGCGCCUCGGUUAUUACCUCACUAG